GGCGUCUGCUUCGGUAGGUGUCUCGUGUUUUUUGUGAUUAUUUUGGUGUUUAAUUUUUACAACUUUUCAUAUCUUUUUCUAUUUUUGUUUAUUACAAAUCACGAGACAUUCAGACAUCCUGUUGUUAAAAGCUAUUAAAAAAUUGAUAGCUUUUUUCCACGUCCUGGAAAGCUGCUGUUCGCUAUUGCAUGUGACGUGUACCUUUACUCAUGGAUGACGAUACGAUAGCAUUUGGGGAGGAGGAUGAGGCGACACAAAAUAAAUUUAAACAUCCUUACGUUACAAUAUUUCAUUUGGCAUUCAGGAUUACGGCCCUUGUUGUUUACUUAUUUUAUGGAGUGUAUUCAGAUAGUUUUAUAGCAGGUUUCGUUUUAGUUAUGCUUCUUCUUUCAAUGGAUUUUUGGACUGUGAAAAAUAUAACAGGAAGACUGAUGGUUGGUUUAAGAUGGUGGAAUUAUGUGGACGACGAAGGAAAAAGUCAUUGGAUUUUCGAAUCGAGAAAGGGUUCACAACAGAAUCGAUUACAUGAUUCCGAAGUGCGAAUAUUUUGGCUCGCAUUAAUACUCUGUCCUUUAAUUUGGGCUCUUUUCUUUUUUGUCACAUUAUUUGGAUUUAAAUUCAAGUGGAUGCUAUUGACAAUUAUGGCACUUGUUCUUAAUGGUGCCAAUCUUUAUGGUUACGUGAAAUGUAAAAUGGGUGGAGAUAAAAAUAUUUCUUCAGCGACAAGCGAAUUUCUCAGGAAACAAGUUUUACAAAAUAUGGCGUCAAUGAUGACAAAGAGUCCUCAGACAACAAAUCCAAAUCAAUCUGGAAAUAUAAUUUAAGAAGAAAUGUGAUCGAUAUAAUAAUCGUAAAUUGAAUAUAAUAUCUAUCGUUAAGUGAAUUGUAAAUACAUGCCCAAUAGACUUUUUUCAAUUCAAAAGAAUUAAUAAUAAAGUGAACACUUUGUUGUGUAAAUUCAAGGCAAAAAUAAUUUUAUUCAGAAUAUAUUAAUUAUUAUUAUAAUUUACUAUCUUUUUUAUUUUUAAAAAAAAAGUAAUAAAAAGAUUUAUUAAUAUUUCA